UAAAUUUAGCCUCUUUUACGAGAGGGUUGGCAGGCGGCCGGCAGCCCCGGCGAGGCUUUAAAAAGCUCACCCAGCCUCCCCGGGCCCAAACAGCCCUGCCUCGGCGGGAGGAGGACGAGGGAAGGGGGCUUUGCUCUUCCUCCCCAGCGGGAGCUGGGGCUGGCCGGCGGCAGGUGGGCAGCGGUGGAUGAAGCUGAGGUCCGAGGCUGCUUUCCGCUCCCAGCGCAGCUUUCAGCACUCGGCAGCGCCCGCCGGCACCAUGGAACUUUUUGGGAGCUUCGUCCGCCCCCGCGGAGAGACUUUGGGGUUCUCAGCUCGUCCUGGCAGCACUGGCACAGUGAAGACCUUGGGCAACACCUAUCAGUUCACGGUGGAUGUCAGCGACUUUGCCCCCGAGGACAUCAUCGUCACCACCUCCAACAACCAGAUCGAGGUGCAUGCUGAGAAGCUGGCCACGGAUGGCACCGUCAUGAACACCUUCACCCACAAAUGCCAGCUGCCUGACGACGUGGACCCCACAUCGGUGUCAUCCUCGCUGGGAGAUGAUGGCACAUUGACCAUCCGGGCUCAGAGGCAGCCUGCCAGGCACACUGAGCAUGUCCAGCAAACCUUCCGGACUGAGAUCAAGAUCUGAGGGCUCCGGGAGGGUCCUUUCCCGCCCCCCUCCUCCCUUUCCCUUCUUAAUCGUUCGGGGUGACUUGGGAAGAAGGCGCGAUGUAGGGCAGGGAACGCUCCUCCGCGGGGGCAGACCCACGCCCAAGGCUGGCACGGAGAGAUGCAUCCUGGAGGAGCUCCAGAGGGGAGUCCUGGCUGCCGGCUCCGGUGGUUUUCAACUGGUGAGGAUUGAUGGGGAGGAUGCAGCGUUCCAAGAGCCCCGCCAGGAGCGCGGGAUCCCUUCCCGAGCCUCUGCCGGAGCCCUGCUCUGUAUAUACAGCUUGUGAUAAAUUAUUGACAGCGCCUG